UGUUGGUUAUUUUAACAAGGAAGGGUAAAUUACAUUUUUCGUACUUUAUGUUUAUAUCGGAGCACCAUAUACAUUCUAUAAAUAGCGUUUUGUAAUUCAUCAUCAAACACGUACCAAUUAACCUUUUAGCAAGUUAUGGGGUCAUUCAAACUCUCACUUGCACUUAUUUAUUUCCCAACUCUUGCCAUGAUCCACAGCACCCAUGCUCAAAACUCCCAACAAGAUUACUUGAAUGCUCACAAUGCUGCCCGAGCCCAAGUCGGCGUUGGAAACAUGGUAUGGAACACCACCGUUGCUGCCUAUGCUCAGAACUACGCUAACCAAAGGAUAGGAGACUGCAACCUCAUUCAGUCUGGUGGACCUUAUGGCGAGAACCUUGCCAAGGGCAGCAGUGGCACUUUCACUGGUACUGCAGCUGUUAAUCUAUGGGUAGCCGAGAAAACUUAUUAUGAUUACACGACAAAUACUUGUGCUAGUGGACAUGUGUGUGAACACUAUACUCAAGUCGUGUGGAGUAAUUCGGAUCAACUUGGGUGUGCUAGGGUUCAGUGCACUAAUAGUUGGUGGUUCGUUAUUUGCAGUUAUUAUCCUCGUGGAAACCUCAGUGGCCAGUCUCCUUACUAGUUAAUAUUUAUGUAUUAUGAAUAAUCAUUGCAUUCUGCAUUGCAUGUACUCUUCUAAGUUGACAAGGAAAAAAUGUGUUUGUUUUUAA